AUGGCACCGUUUGAGGCCUUGUAUGGGCAGAGGUGUAGAACCCCGUUGUGUUGGUAUGAAACCAGAGAGGCGACUUUGUGUGCGCUGGAUAUGAUCCAAAGGCAGAAUGAGCAAAUUAGAAUGAUUAAAGAGAAAAUGAAGGCUGCGCAAGAUAGGCAAAAGAGCUACUAUGAUAAGAGGAGGAAACCGUUGGAGUUCCAAGUGGGGGACCAUGUGUUUCUGAAGGUCUCGCCUGUGACCAGAGUUAGGAGGGCUCUAAAAUCUCGAAAGUUGUCUCCUAAGUUUAUUGGACUGUUCGAACUUAGUCAAUAUGUGCUAGAUCCUUCCCAUGUGAUUGAUCUUGACCCGAUUCAAGUAAAAGAAGACUUGUUGUAUGAUGUGUACUCGGUGAGGAUUAAAGAUCACCGUGUUAAACAGCUGAGGGGUAAAGAGAUAUCAUUGGUGAAGAUAAUUUGGAGCUCAAGUGAUGAGGGAGAUGCCGCAUGGGAAACAGGGAGUAGAAUGAGAGAGUUAUACCCAGAGUUGUUUGAGUAA